AUGGAAGAUUAUACUUUUGAGUCUGUUGGCUUCACGACAUCUUUCAAUGCUACAACACAAAGGUUCAGAAGAUCAAUAGAUAUAUUUCAUAGCUAUAUGUCGGAUUAUUUUCUAACUAAUUUUAAAAUAUUAUCAAGUAGUUCUCUAGAAUUUGAUGUAGUUUCAGAUUUAGAAAGAAGAUUUUUAAGCAAUCUAGCUAUAGAAAUAAACUCUGAGGUUAUGCAAAACCAAAGCUCCCAAAGCUUUAAAAAUUAUACAGUCGUCUUACUGGAUAAAGCUACUGGUGGUUCAGAAAAUGAAAUGCUAUUUGAAGAUUGUGAUCAGAAUUUUAGUUCAGAAAAUGAA